UUAAUAAUUAGAAAGCACAAUGCCAAAGAAAGAUACAGCGACAUCAGUGGAGCUUGGGAUUCUGUCUAAAAGAGCAGAAAUGUUUAGAUCAAAACUGAUUGAAGAUUUCCACUUGCUGGAUAGUUUAGAUGAUCACGGUAAAAUGGAAGGGCCAAAACAUUACUCACGAGAUAUUACAGAAGAUAAAUUGGCAAGAAAAAUAAUGAAGGAUUCACCACAUGGCCUUGUCAAGUUUCAAGUGUACUCCAGUCGCGAUAAAGACAGCGUGACACACAAUGACCGACGCAAGAACAGGGUGAAGAAUAAAAAUGCUCGAUUUCCACCCAUUGACUUAUGGGCUCACUGGGUGCUUAACAGUACAUGGUUUAAGAAUUCGAUGCUGAUAAUCAUUCUUAGUAAUUCCAUUGCUCUUGGGAUUCAAGCAGAGGUCUCUACGAGUGACAAUCCUGUUGUGGCCCCGCUGCAGCUUGCUCUCGACAUCUUCGACUACUGCUCACUGAUCAUUUUCAUCCUUGAGAUUAAGUUGAAAUGGCUAGACAACUUUUGGGGAUUCUGGGGAAACGGCUGGAACAUCUUUGACUUCUGCGUCACUUACUUUUCAUUUGUACCAGAGAUCAUGAGCUACUCUUCAGGAACGUUUGGCCAGCCUGGCAGCUCGGGUCUAGCUGUGGUGGCCAACAACAUGCGUGUGUUCCGAAUCUUGCGCUCUCUCAAGAUGGUAACUCGCUUCAGGCAGAUUCGACUCAUUGCCCUCGCAAUAACGAAGGCGUUUAAGGAGAUGGUCUUUAUCACAUUACUACUCUUCACAUUUGCCUAUAUCUUUGCCAUCGCUGGCAUCAUCUUCUUCGAUGACUUCACCAAUUCAAAGAGAACUGACCUUAUUUACAAGGAUAGCUUCAGCACCUUGCCCAAAGCCUUGGCCACCCUAUUCCAACUAUUUACACUGGAUCAUUGGUACGCUAUACGCGCUGACAUGGUCAAGGUGGUUAGUCCCUGGUUCACCGGGGCAUAUAUCAUCCUCUGGAUCUGCAUUGGAUCAUUCAUCUUUCGUAACAUCUUCGUCGGAAUUAUGGUGAACAACUUCCAGAGCAUCAGAAAUGAGCUGUUUGAGGAGGUGACCGAAUUUGAGAACACACGACAGUUGCAGAUCAAGACGGCCAUGUUUAACGCAGAGCUCACCAAGCAGGGAGACAGUACGCCUGGUGGGAGCUCAUCUGCAUCAAAAGUCAAUUCUCAGUCCAAUGAACAGGGAAAAGAUACUGCAGAGCAUGGAGCAAAUGAAACCGAUACAGGCGGGAAGACCAGGGAGAGAGCAUCAAUUCCUGGAGCUGAGCCGAACAUCGGCCCUGUGAAAUCAGGUCUCUUCAAACCUGAUAUCCAACGGCAAAUAAGCCAGCACAUUGUCAAGGACACGGAUAGCAGUGCACAUUGGGACACGCUAGUUCAGGAAAACAUCGACACAAUCUCUAGAAAUCCGUCUGAGACACUGUGGCCGCGAGACACCCUGUUCAAGUAUCUGCAACUGAUGGAAGCCCUACAAGACAACCUGGAGGAACGCAUGCGUCUGGAGAAAAUCAUCUGUGAGAUUCUACUGCAGGUACAUGACACCUGAAGCCAAGUUUGGGAGUUUGCCUGUUCCUCUUUCUCCCUGCUUGAUGAAAUCUUUUAUAAAGCGUUUGAUUUUAAUAUAUUAAACUGAAGUAAUUAUUAUAUUAAUUUUUCUUUUCAACUUUUAAUGGCCUUGUUAGUGGUUAAUAGAAUUACUCUUUCAAUAUCAAUUUGUCACUGUCGUAUAUACAAACGUUUUGUUGUAAUUUCUUUUAUUCGUUAAUAUAUUUUGUA